AAAGCCUCCGUUCUUUUCCCGCCAAAAGCCCCUCAUUUGCUGAGGUGCGUUUCCCUCACUCAGCCGCUGCCUCUCUCUCUGUCGCUUCGAGCACCGCCGCAUAUCGCCGCUGUGGAACCACCCGAUUGACACGGACAUGGACAUGGACAUUCCUCUCCCAGACGAGCUCGAGUGGCUCGAAGCUCACUCUCGCCUCCACGAAGAGGACCCGCUGGACCUCCAGCCACCCGAUCCCUACCUUUACCCUCCCAUAGUCGACGAGGAAGACGAAGGAGAAGAGGGCGAUUCUUGGGGCAAUCGAGCCUCGCCGCCUCCUAAGUCUCCGCCAUCCGUUGAAGAGCAGCUCGAAAACCACAAACGCCCUUCCCGAGAGGAAGCUGCUAGUCCGAUUGAGACGAAGCGGAAGAAAGUUGCUGACCAUGAGGACGACGGGGAGGAGGAUUGGAUGCGUUAUUCUCCUCCACCGGAGACUAGUCACACAGAGCUUCGAGAGGAAGAGAUUUUGGAGCCGGAGGAGGUCGCCAUUUCACGGUACGCGUCUCAGAUUGACGGUGAGUGUGUCCCGGUGACGGCGCCCGGAGGUGACAGGGUUUAUGCGAAGAUUUGUAGGUUUGACAUUGAUUCACGGCCUAAGAAAUUGGAUACAAGGGCUCAAUCUGAUGGCCUAACCACUGAACCUGUCAAUCUUCUGCUACAAAGAUGCGAAAAGGAGGCAUUCACCAAGGCUCUACUUGUGAGCUUGGAGGGAAAGAGAGAUCAAGUGCUUCCAGGAACGCCAAUAAUACUGGAGAAACUUUGGGUGGAUAAAUAUGCCCCAAAUUCUUUUAGCGAGCUUCUUAGUGAUGAACAGACAAAUCGUGAGGUACUUCUAUGGCUAAAACAGUGGGAUUCAUGUGUUUUUGGGUCUGAAAUUAGGAGCACUACAGAUGAGGUUCUGUUGGCACUUAGACGUCAUUUUUCUGAUCGUCAGCAUAGAAAAUAUAGUAGUCUAAACACACUCAAGAGUAGUAGAUGGCAAAGAUGGACUAAGGAGAGCUUCAAAGAUCCUCAUAAAUCAGACCACAUAGAUGCCGAUCCGAAAGGAACUCCGGAUACAUGCAGCAAAAGCUCAAGGCUUACUGGCCCACCUGAGCAGAAGGUCCUUCUACUCUGUGGUCCUCCAGGACUUGGAAAAACCACACUUGCUCAUGUAGCUGCUAAACAUUGCGGGUAUCGAGUGGUGGAGAUCAAUGCUAGUGAUGAUCGGUCUUCAGCAACAGUUGAAGCCAAAAUUCUUGAUGUGGUUCAGAUGGACUCUGUCAUGGCUGACUCAAAGCCCAAGUGUUUGAUAAUUGAUGAAAUUGAUGGUGCUCUUGGGGAUGGGAAGGGGGCGGUGGAGGUUAUACUAAAGUUGGUCUCUGCUGGAAGGAAAUUUGAGGAAGGAAAGCAAAAUGCUGCAAAAGAAGAACAAUCUGGAAAGAUCUCAAAAAAGAGGCAGAAGACUCCAUCACUAUUGAGACCUGUAAUAUGCAUAUGUAAUGACCUUUAUGCUCCUGCCUUGAGACAAUUACGUCAGAUUGCAAAGGUUCAUAUAUUUGUCCAACCGUCCAUUAGCCGAAUAGUGAGCAGACUUAAGUAUAUUUGUAGCAAGGAGGGAAUGAAAGCAAGCUCAAUUGCACUUACUGCCCUUGCAGAGUACACUGAAUGUGACAUCCGAUCUUGUUUAAAUACUCUUCAGUUUCUCAACAAAAAGAAGGAAACUCUCAAUGUGGUGGACAUAAGUUCUCAAGUGGUUGGUCGAAAGGACGUCUCAAGAAGUAUCUUCGAUAUAUGGAAAGAGAUUUUCCAGAAGAGAAAAAACAAAAGGGACAGAAAGUCUAGUAUUGCCAGCAGUCUGUCCAGCGAAUUCGAUGCUUUGCACUCUCUGAUUUCUAGUCGCGGUGACUAUGAUUUAGUCUUGGAAGGGAUUCAUGAAAAUAUUUUGCACCUUCAUUAUCAUGAUCCUGUAAUGUGGAAAACUGUUGCGUGCCUCGAUAGCAUUGGUGUUUCUGACCUGAUUCACCAAUAUAUCUUUCGCUCGCAGCAGAUGCAUCUUCAAGUUUAUCAGCCUUCUAUUGCAAUAGCUGUACAUCGCCAUGUAGCUCAAGUUCAGAAAGCAAAUAUCGAGUGGCCGAAGUCUUACCACAGAUGUCGAACAAUGUUAAUAGAGAGGGCAGACACUCUGCGGGACUGGUGUCGUAGGAUUCCUCCUCAUCUAUUGAGGCAUUUAUCAAUUAAGUCCGUUAUUGAAGACUCAGUUUCUCCGUUGUUGCAUAUCCUCUCUCCGCCAAAUUUGAGGCCGGUGGCAAUGCACUUAUUGUCAGAGAAGGAGAAGAAUGAUCUGAAUCGGUUGGUUAGCACAAUGGUGUCUUAUUCUAUAACAUAUAAGAACGCAAAUUCUUGUCCACCGGGUAACCUGAAAGAGGAAGCUAUCUCGGAUUCCUCUUCACUUGGUUUUGAUCCACCUAUUCAUGAUUAUGUCAACUUCAAGGACUACAAGUCUAGUCAUCACAUACUCCCAGCAGCAAUGAAGCAGGUGUUAGUCCAUGAGGUCGAGAAACAAAAGAUUUUGCAUGGGUGCACUGGGAAAUCUGUUUCACAACAUAUUGAAGGAGAGAAGACUGGUGGAGCCAUAUACAAUUCUCUCAAUGCGGCCACUUGUGCUAUGAAGGACAUUGACAGUGGAGCUAUUAUAUCUGGCUCUACUCAAUUUAAUGCAAGUGCCUCCACUAAUUUUUCAUCCCUUGCUCACAACAGAGCUACCACUGUGGUUGCAAAGCUAAAGCCUACUAAUGAUUCUAAAAAGCUUUCUGCUGGCCGCGGCUUCUUUGACAGGUUUAGAAAAUUGAAGGCUGACGGUUCUGAGACCUCAGACAAUGCCGCACAAAAGGCGACCACCUUAAAGAGAGACUCGUACCCUUUGCUUUUCAAGUUUAAUGAGGGUUUCACAAAUGCAAUAAAAAGGCCGGUUCGAAUUCGAGAUUUUUUGCUGUGACUACCUAGGGUAUUUUGAAGCCUCACAGAGGUGCAGCUUUCAUGGCACAGUAUGACAAGCAUCUACAGAUCAAUCUUCUCAUGCAUCUGUGAAUCAUAGCUUGAAACUUACAUUUCAAAAUGUAAAAUAAGCUGUCUUUGCGAAAAGGCU